AUGAUAAAUCCUGAGGUGGCAUGGGGGUUGUUUGAGGAGGGGGCAACCCUGGUUGUUAUGAGCGUUCUUGAGGGCACAGAGCUUGGUAUCAACUACAAGAGCUGGCAGGUCGGGUCUUGCUUCCAGGGGGUGAAGAUGAUCCCACCAGGCCUCCACUUCCUCCACUACUGUUCCUCCAACGCACCAGACCAUGGGGGUGAAACAGGCCCUAAAAAAGGCCUCUGAAAGAGUGAGAUCUGUCUGGCCAACUGGGACCCCAAAGAGGAGGAUCUGGACAUCUCUGCCUCCCAGAAUGAAGAGGAGGUGGGCUGGGUCUGGGUGGGCCUACAAGACCUGGACCCUUUCCUGGGCCCCUACCAGUACGAGCUGAUGUACAAAUGUGUCUCGCUAACUGCCUGGGUGAACCAGGAGCUAGCCACAAGGUUGCAGCUUCUCCUGGGUUGUAUGUGUGCCGUCAACAACCUAAUCCCUAACUUUAGCUCAAACACCAAGACCCGUGAGGAACAGAACCUGCCUAGGAAUGAAAAGUGUCAGGCCAUGAAGGAGGAGCUGGACAGGCUGCACAGGAUGAAGCCGAGAGAUGGGACUGAGCUGAUGUUCUCCCCCAUCCCCAGGCAGACCUACCCUCCUGGAGCCACCCCAGCCCAGAUCACUCAGUAUAGCCCAGACCUGAGCUGCAGCAAACAUAGUGUGCUUAAACUAAUAACACACAAAUUAUUAAAUCUCAAUGAGCUAGGUGAGCUGCAGUUUGCAUUUGUGUAUUUUCUCAUUGGGACCGUGUACUACGAGGGCUUUGAGCACGGGAAGCAUCUGCUGGCCCUGCUGUGUCGUAGUGAGAGCCCGGAUCUAUACCUGGGCCUCAUCGCUGUGCUCUACCAGCAGCUAGGAGAGAUACCUACAGACUUCUCUGUGGACAUUGUGUCUCAGGACAACUACCUCACCUCCACGUUACAGGACUUCUUCCAGUUUGCCAGUGGGCCUGGGGUGGACGGCACCCUGCAGAAGAGGGCAGAGAAGUUCAAGGCCCACCUGACCACUGAGGUAGAUCCUGACAAUUGUGACCCUGUUGUAGUGUUACUGCCUGAGAGGAUCACACUGGACUGA